AUGCGAGCUUCUCCUCAUCGCCAAACCAUUGCCAAGCUGUUCAACGACGGCAUCUCCACCGGUGACAUCGCUCGAAGACUUCUUCUUCCGAGAGCAACUGUCUAUCGAGUUGUGCAACAAUUGAAAGAUCGAGGACAUGUGUUGGAGCUUAAGAAAAGCGGAAGACCUCGUACUGUCAACACUCGCCGGACUCGUGGCAUCAUCAAGAAGAGAAUCACACGAAAUGAUGCGGUCAGCAUGAACCAAAUGGCUUCAUCGCUCGGAAUCUCAAGACAAUCGGUUCAAUCCAUUGUGAAAAAGGACUUGGGUCUGAACAGUUAUCGGCUCCUUCGUGGCCAAUACCUCACAGAACAGUCCAAGAAGAAUCGGCUCGAAAAAGCGAAAAAGUUGCUCGACGCACUCAAGGUGAUGGUGUGGGCUGGAUUGACGUCGGAAGGUAAAGUCCCAUUGGUUUUCAUUGAUAGAAAUGUGAAAAUCAACUCGGAUGUGUACCAAAAGUUGGUGUUGAUGGAUGUUUUACGUCCGUGGGUCACUAGCCACUUUGGCCAGCAACCCUUCAUUCUUCAACAAGAUUGGGCCCCGUCCCAUGGCUCGAAAUCCACGAAAGCUGUUCUCGACGCUCAUUUCCCUGGCUACUGGGGCAAGGACAUGUGGCCCGCUUCCUCGCCCGAUCUGAAUCCACUCGACUUUUCCGUUUGGGGAUAUUUGGAGGAAAAGGUGAUGGCUCGAUCGCACCCAAAUGUGGAUUCACUGAAGGCCGCUUUGCUCAAAGCAUGGGAUGAUCUUGACGAUGACUACCUCCGGCGCACCGUCGCUUCUGUUCGAGCUCGUUUGAAGGCGUGCAUCAAGGCCGAAGGCUCAAACUUCGAAUAUCUCCUCUGA